GCCUCGAGCCAGUCCCGCUGUCAGCGCUGCGCGUCGGUCAGUGCGGGUGCGUGUGUUUGACGGGGUGUUUCGGCGUUUAAAGUCCACUUGGAUUAUCUCGAGCUCAAGGAAAACGUUCAUAUCUUUCCUGUUCGAGAGGAAUUUGUGCGUGAUUCAGGCUUCUCUGGUUCUCUCUACAGCACUGUGAAAGAGGCCGCCUGCUCGCCUGCCAGUGCCAGUGAGUGAGUGGGUGUUUGUGAGUCGUAGGGCGAAUAUGUUUGUGUGAGUGCCUUUUGCAUGUGUGUACGCCCUGGUCGGAGAGUGUGUGUGUCCCAUGAGACGCUCGGCGGAGAUGCAGGGAGCUCGUUCCUGUGCGGUGCGGUUCCUGCUGCUGAGCUGCUGUGUGUUUGCUGCAGCCGGCUACCCGUUCAGAACGCCUCUGGACCUGGAUGUGACUCCACGCGUCACCGUGUUGAACAGUGGUCUCCAGGGCUGCAGACGUUUCCAGUCCUCUGCAGUCAGCUACAGCACCAUGCUUCUGGAGGCUGACGGAGAGCAUCUCUUCGUCGGGGCCCGGGGGGCUGUUUUCGCUCUCAACGCCUCUGACAUUUCAGCCAGCUCUGCUCUCACUAUUGAAUGGGAAGCCUCCCCCGAACAAAAACGUCAGUGUCUGCUCAAGGGAAAAGACAAUGAGACGGAGUGUUUUAAUCACAUCCGCUUCCUCCAGAGGUUCAACUCGACUCAUCUCUACAUGUGUGGGACUCAUGCCUUCAGACCCCUCUGUGCAUACAUAAAUGAGGAGGAGUUUGUGAUGUCGUCUCAGCCUGAAGAGGGCAAAGACAAAUGUCCCUACAGCCCGACGACGGGCUACACCGCCCUCAUCAUCGACCAGCAGGUGUAUACUGCUUCCCAGUACGAGUUUAGGAGCUUUCCAGAUAUCCGCCGCAACUCUCCGUCCCCCACGCUGAAGACAGAAGAUGCCCCUACACGCUGGGUGAACGAGGCAGACUUUGUGGGCUCGGCGCUUGUGAGGGAGAGUUUGGGCAGCAGCACCGGCGAUGAUGAUAAGAUCUACUACUUCUUCACUGAGAGGAGCCAGGAGCAGACGACGACCUACAGCCACAGCAGGGUGGCACGAGUAGCUCGCGUUUGUAAGGGGGACCGGGGAGGCCGUUUAACUCUCCAGAAGCGGUGGACGUCCUUCCUCAAGGCCAGGCUGACAUGUUCUCUGCCCGAGUACGACUUCCACUUCAACAUGCUGCGCAGCAUGUUUGUCAUGCCUGGCCUCACACCGCAGGACACACUCUUCUACGGCAUCUUCGGCCUUGAGUGGAAAAACGUGAAGGCGUCUGCGGUGUGUCGUUUCUCUCUGUCUGAAGUCCAAGAGGCCUUUCAAGGACCAUACAUGGAGAACCAGGACUCUGGCUCUAAGUGGAAGGAAUACACUGGAAAGAUCCCUGACCCACGACCUGGAACGUGUAUAACUGACGCUCUGAGGGCCAGGGGCAUCAACGUCUCCACCUCCCUGCCUGAUGAUGUGCUGAACUUUGUCCGGAGGCAUCCUCUGAUGUCCCGGGAGGUCCAACCUUCAGACAGACGACCACUUUUGUUCAGGCGGACCACAGACUACACACACAUGGCUGUAAACACGAUGCAAGGCUUAGAUGGAAGAACAUACCAUGUAUUAUACAUGGGCACAGAUGAUGGCUGGUUACAUAAAGCUGUAGAAAUCGACGGUCAGCUUCACAUUAUUGAGGAGCUUCAACUGUUUAAGGAACCACAACCUGUUAACAACCUGCUGCUGUCUGCAAAACAGAUGAGUGUAUACGUGAGCUCUCCGUCAGGCGUGGUGCAGCUUCCCCUCUCUAGCUGUCACAGAUACACCUCCUGCUACGACUGCAUCUUUGCCAGGGACCCUCACUGUGCCUGGAACGGAGCCCAGUGUGUGGACGUAAUGGCUCAAGCAGACAGCUCCACUUUAAUCCAGGACAUCCAGCAGGGCAGCAGAGGAUGUGAAAACACACAAGAUGGUACGCAGAAAUCUCAUCUGCAACUAGACGUUGUCGUGCGGAGCCGCUCUGUGCGGGUGGGUGAUGACGUGCUGCUGCAGUGUGAGCUCAGCUCAAACUUGGCGACGCCCCUCUGGACUCUGGAUGGCAGCGAGCUGCAGGGCUACGGCCUCAACUCAGGCUUCAGAACCGGCACAGACGGCCUGCUGAUUAUCGAGGCCCGGCAGGACCAGAGCGGGCUGUACACCUGCUUCGCUGUGGAGAACAAUAUCAAGGUCGCCAUAGUUACCUUCAAUGUCACCAUCCGCCUGGACCUGCCCCCUCCCCCACCUGUUGAGCCAACUGAAGACCCUUACAGUUUCUUUUCCACCCUGCCAGCCUCCACUGAGCAUCCCUCCCCCGAGAGGCCACUGUCCCCGGCCUCUCUCCUCCCCCACUCGGAACUGCUCUCCCCACGGAACAUGGAGGCCAUGUAUCUGUCCCUCAUCACCAUCCUCGGAGGCCUGUGUGUAGUCCUCACGGUGGUGCUCGUCUAUGUGGGCUUCUGCCUGCGAGUGGGCAACAGAGGGAAGUACUCCUUACGAGCCGCUGCUUCAGCCUACCCGAACAGUAAGAGGCACAACAGGAACAGGAAACAGCACAGAAGCUCCUCCCACAUGGAGCUGAAGACCAUCUCCAGCCACUGUAACGGUAACGGCAUUUGUAAUGGAGUUUCGAAGCACCACAACGGUGACAUCCAGGAUGGAGGCUUCCUCCAGAUCGUCCCUGGAGAGGCUAACACAUCCCCCAAUAAGGAGCCUCCUCCCCCGGCCCCUCCUCUGCCACCGACUCCCCACCAUGACUUCCCCAACGGGUUGUCGGCCACACUACCCAGCGUCCUGCGGAGGAUGAACGGCAACAGCUACGUGCUGCUGAGGCAGAGCGAGUCUGAAAGCACGCCAUCGCACGGCUACUCCUUCGCCGAGGAGCUUAACAAGAUCCUGGAGAAGAGGAAACACACUCAGCUGCUGCCCAGGCCGGACGAGAGCUCCGUGUAGAGAGAUGUGGCUCCCCCUGUGGUGGGAGGACAGCUAGUGUUUUUUACCUGGUGCAGAAGUGCACAUUAUUGUUAGGACUUAACGAAAUGAGAGUAUUACAUUCUUUACUUCGUUCUUUUUUUGUUUUUUACGAGUCCAUAUUGAGACAUUCCUUCUUUUUUUAACCUGUGAGCUGCUUGUUAACCUGAAUUCCCAAAUGUCCUAACACAAACCAAGUGAGAAACACAAAUGCCAGGAGAGGAUCAAGCAAGAAAUGACAAGAAAGUGCAAUCUACCUCACCUUAAUACUGCCCUGGAGGACUUCCGUCAGUCUGUAGUCUGAUCCGAGUAUCAAUGCACAAAACGGGACAGACAGACUCCAGCGAGGAGUAAAGCCUUGUGGGAAUAUAAAUACAUGUGAAGACUUCUGCUGUGUGGCGGCCAUAUUUGGCUCGAUUCAAAAUGGAGGGCAGCUAGCCAAAGUUUGUUUGCACGGACAAGUGCACAGAUGGCCUAUGCAUUUAAACAUGACGUUCACAUAUUAUGAAUAUUGAGGGAGGUGGACAUGACGAGCGAGGGAAUUUGGUGUGCAAUAUUUUCACUUUUAACUCUGACUUAAUCAAUUGCAAUAUAAUAAUAAUAACGCAAAAUAAUAUACAGUAACUCAUGGCAGCACAUAAUGAUUUAUACACCAGCCAUCAUUAAGAAAUGGUGAACUAAUCAUUAUUUAAUAUUACUAUUAACCCUAAUUCGGAGUUAAGUAAUUAACCACAUUGAAGUUAAAUUUUGCAUUGUUUUAAAUGAAUCAUUAAUAUAAUAUAGUUUGUUUAUUUAAUAAUUGAUGACAAUAUUGAGAAUUUGUCCUUCAUAUGUGGUGUUAAAAUUAUAAGAAAUUAAAUCAACAACUUUGACUGCCACAAAAACUGCAGCUGUAAAUUAUCUGUAAUUUACAGCUGCAGCUGAGGCUCACUUAUCAUAAAAGGUUAAUUAUAGUGACGCCUCAUGUCGGCAUUUUAAUAUGACGUCGCAACUCAUGUCUGCAAUUCCUUCAAACAGGUAACAAGUAGCCAUUAAACAUAAAUUUACUUAAACAUUACAUGGGUCCAUUUUAUACAGACAAUUUAUUAAAGGAGAAAUAACGUUAUUUAAUCUUUACAUAAUGGAAAGAAAUAUUAAAUAGUGUUCAUUUCACCAAGUGUUAAGACAACCUGAAGAAGAUUUGACAGUAUUAUUGAUUUUCAAUGCACUUUAAAUAGUUUUAAAACACAAGGUAAUGGACGCUGUUAUGGACGUUGAUUCUGCAACCUGUCAAGAACCAGCAGGAUGGAGGAGCUUUUUGAUUGGCCGUUUCUCAGUAUGAAGAGCUGCAGCAGGGAACGCCACAACUUUGUCUGCUGGACCUCGUUUGACACGAGAAAAACUGACCGUGCGUCUCAGCUGAGCCUCCAUCCACCGCUGAGCGAAGCCCGGCAUGAGAUGAUAGCGUGGAAUGACCAACUGUGGGGCGCAGCGUUCACCUAGAGUAUCAAAGGUGUCAUGUGCACAGGUCAGUUUGAGUUUCUCUUAAUUUCAUUCCAGGGGAUACCAUCUCUCCACCAGAGUCAGAUGGCAGGACCCGCUGUAAAGAUGUUCUUUAAAUGAGCAGUGAAAUAAAAUUCAGCCUCAUUACUGGACAAGAUAAAGAAAAGCUGGACAAAGGGCUACAGAAACUACAGCUCUGCUUCCACACAGCUGGAAUGAAAACUGAUGGCGGCAGUGGUCUACUGAGCAACAUUUGUUCUUUUUCUGUCUGUUUGAUGCAAACUUGUAAGACCAAACUCAAAGUAUGAUAGCCUUUUUUCACACUUGCUGCAUGAAUUGAUGUUUUUUGACACUGCUUUCUUUUUCUUAAAGUCAAGGAAACAACAAAAACUCUUAAUAUAAUUGAAAAGUGCCAUUGUUGAUGUUUAAAAAUAACUCUGUGAGCCUAUUUUAAGGCAGAAGAAAAAGGAUUUAAAAAAAGAAGUGUAUUUAUUUUGUCAUUUUGUACAUUGUGUUUAGGAAGUUCUUGUCAUUGUUGCUGUUAAGGUGCCACUGGUGGACACCUUCCUGAAAAACAGGAGGGUCACAAGUCGCCUGUGUUUAAACAAAAUGUGAUGAAUAGAAGCACGGUAGCCAAAAGCAUGCAGAGGCUGUACCAGCACCACAGAAUAUAAUAUUUAUAUCCUACUAAUGGGAGGAAAAAAACACCAAUUUACUUAUUCACUCUAACCUAUCAAUUAAUGCUCAUUCAGCUUUUCUCUCACUAAUGUCCACAUAUUAGUUUUGAUCUAUAUCUGCAUGUUACCUCCUGCUUGUGCACACAGCAAAUUAUUUUACUAAACUAAACACAGAGAAUAACAGGGCAGUGUGUUCCUUCACAUUUUAGUCAUAUUGAGUUAGAAUAAAGCUUUGUACU